AUGUCAGACGGCGCAUGGGCCAACACGGACGCCGGGCCGUCAUCGAACGCCGCCGAGGUCGCGGGGCAGCAGGCGUUCUCGCUCAACUCGCCUGGAGCCCCGACGGCCGCGGACCCACCAGCCGAAGGCGCGCCGCGCGGACGAGGACGAGGGCGGGGACGAGGGAGAGGCGGAGGCAGGGGGUCGCGCGGGGGGAGGGGAUCACGCGGAGGCCGCGGUCGGGGAGGGCCAGGGAGGCAGAGCACGCGCGUCUCGGCACGCCAGAUGGCUGCAGCGAGCAGAGGGCCCGCCGUGCUCAAGAUCUCGUUCAAAGCUGGCGGCGGCGAGGCGGCCGGCGGACGCCAAACCUCAUUCCUCGGCGAGUACGACCGCGAGCUCGAUGAGCACCCCGAGGAGCCGCUCGCGUUCGAGGAGCAGUUUAUCUUGCGCGUACCCCAGGACGUCGCGGAUGGGAGAGGCGACAGAAUCGGUCUCCGCGACUUGAUAAAGGGCAAAGGCAAGGGGCUGGAGGGAGUCGAGUUCAAGAUGCUGGAUCCUCGACGAGGCGUGUUCAAGAUCAACGACCGGACGUACUCGACCAAGCUCGUCGACCUGCCGAACAUGAUCGAGGCGCAGAAGACGGUCGAUGGGCGGCACCUGUUCAAGGUCGCCGAUAUCUCCCAGAUGCUCAUCGUGUCGGAUCCCAUCAAGGACGAGUCACGGAUAACAGAGUCGGCGUUGAACGCCGACGACUACAUCUGGCCGCACGGCAUCACGCCACCGAUGCGGCAUGUGAGGAAACGGCGAUUCAGGAAGCGCCUGUCGCGGCAGACGAUCGAGGUGGUCGAGGAGCAGGUUGAAGAGCUCAUCAGGAAGGAUGAGGAGGCAGACAGCAUGACGUUCGAUCUGAUCGACCCACACCCCGACCCCGACAUCCCAGACUCGUACUAUGUCAACUGGACGGCAAACGAUGGCUACGGAUGGAACAACAACGACGGGGGGUCCGAGUUUGGCGAGUCGGAGGCGUACGAUGACCCCGGGUCGGUCGCGGGGACCGAGGGUUGGUACGACGAUGGCGAGGGCGAGUACGGCGAGGAGGGCGAGGAAGGAGACGACUUCGACGGCGAGGGGGCCGAAGGUGGCGACGACUUCGACGAGGACCUGCAGGCCGCGUUGAUGGAGAAGAUGGACCGGUCGGACGAAUCGGGAUCCGAGGACGGGCUCGACGCGUCCGACGACGACGACGACCAGGACUCGGAGGACGACGAGGAGACGUCGGAACAGAAGGCCAAGAUCAAGCAGUACACUGCCGAGAUCAAGCAGCUCGAGCAGCUCAUCGAGAAGAAGAGAGCCGGCUUCACGGGCGGCAACCCGAUCAUCACCAAGCGUUUCGAGGAGACGAUCAAGGGCUUGCAGGACGAUGUCAACACCAAGGUGGCCGUCCGGCAAGCGCUUCUCGACGAGAUCGAGGCGAAGACUGCCGACGCCGGGGCGGCCGCAGGGACCGACGACGCUGCCAAGGCUGCCGCGACGCCGGCCGCAGCCGACGAGGAGCGGGACGACUCGGCCGGCCUGUUCGACGACGACGCAGACGGCGAGGGCGAGUUUGAAGGCCAGACGCCAGCCGCGACCCCCGGCAUGGCGAUGGCGACCCCGAUGCCCGAGGGCGAGUCGCCCGCCGCCGAGUCGGACGAGGACCUGUUCGGCGACGACGACGACGACGGCGACGGCGAGAGUGUCGGUGCGACCCCCGCCGCCACGCCUGGCCUCCCGACCCCGGCAGUGCCCGAUGGGGACGCUGACGGCGAGGGCGAGGAGGACGGCGAGGGCGACGGCGAGGGCGACUUUGAGAUGGGCGGCGACGAGGAUCUCGACGAGAUGGACGAGAUGGCCUUGUUGCUGCAGGCCGAGCUGGGCGGCGAGCCGGAUCCAGGUGACAUUGCUGCUGCGGCGGUCAGUGCCACCGAGGCCGGCGCCGACGCGGCGGCGCUCGCGCUCGACGACCUCGCGGCUGCCGGCGCGCUCGAGCCGCUCGAGCCGCCCAGCUCGUACGGCUUCUCUGGCGUCGAGGGCGGUGUGGGCAUGAGACGGCUCGCGUCGGGCGUGGUUGCCGCCGACGACUCGUCCGACGACGACGAUGAUAGUGACGACGACUAG